AUGGCCGCCGAUCUGGAUACCAACAAAAUCAAAAGCUGGCGAUCCAUAAUUACUCUGAUUGUUUUUGUUAUCACGAACAUUAUUGUGCUUUUUCCUUUUCACGUCCCCAUUUAUCUCCCCCGAUGGCUCGUCAAUAUAGUCGCCGAUGGCCUGGCAGCCAUACGCAUAAUCCCCCGACGAAAACCUCGUUCCCGAUAUAACCGCACACUCUUCGUCAAGUUCAACUUCCCUUUGAACUUCGUCACAGCACCACUAAUAGCAGACCUUUUCCUUCUGGCGAUCUUGGCCAUUGGCAGGCAAGAAGUACAUGAUGGGACAGUGGGCGCGGACAAUAUCUCUCCCAUUGAUAUUAUGGCCUUCUUCCUUACGUUGGCCUAUAUUGCUAUUUCGAUUGAUGCUUCAGGUCUGAUCAGAUAUUUGGCCUUUAAGGUUUUACAAAAAGGUGGUGAUUUAGGUCAUAGACUGUUCUUUUACCUCUACGCAUUCUUCUUCGGGCUGGGCAGCUUCAUUGGAAAUGACCCCAUUAUUCUGUCCGGUACAGCCUUCCUCGCAUACAUGACUCGAGUUUCCAGCAACAUCGUUCACCCCCGAGCUUGGAUCCACGCCCAGUUUGCCGUGGCCAAUAUCGCAUCCGCCAUCCUGGUCUCCUCCAACCCAACAAACCUCGUGCUCGCGGGCGCGUUCGAGAUCAAGUUCAUUGUGUACACCGCCAACAUGAUCGUUCCCGUCGUCGUCACAGCAAUUGUCGUUUUCCCAUUUUUGCUCUACAUUCUCUUCGCAGAUGUAUCACUCAUCCCAAUCUCCAUUAAAAUGCACGAGUUGUCCGAUGCAGCGAAAGCCCGGAAGCCCGUGAAUCCCAAUAUUCCCUAUGCUCGAGGCACUGCAGAAGAGGAAGAAGAGGUUGACAAUGAAAAUGGGAAACUUCUGUCUCUAGAAGAAAUCAUGAACCCAUUUUUGGAUAAAGGCGGUGCUGCCUUUGGAGCCGUGAUCAUGGCGGCUACCCUCAUUACUCUUCUAGCACUUAACGCGGCCAGCAACUCUGGCCACGAGAACCCCGUUUACUGGGUCACUUUGCCUGCUGCUUUUGUCAUGUUCUGCUGGGACCUUGCGUGUGGUUGGAUACACCGACAUGAAACGCGCGAGAUUGCCGCGAAGGGCAGAAGAGAGGUUGAGCUUGCAAGAGCGGAACGUGAAAGAGUGCAAUCACUCCAGAACUCACCGAAACAGCCUCCUCUGGAGGGAUCCGAACACUUAAGAAAUGGGUCCCAAAGUCAAGCUACGCAAGAUGGGGUUUCUAUCGAUGCCACGGACACGAUGAGCACGAGAGUACCCCAGGACUGUCAAAUCCCAUUGUCAGCUUCUGCGCUGCUGGAGAAGGGUCAAUAUCCAGAAAUUCGACACCCCGGCGUCAUUGUCCGCGAUACUCAGCUAUCAGCACUCUCUUCGUCGACUGAGCCACUGGACGCGGCCCCUGCUUUGGACGCAGAGAAGCGUGGAGAGCUCAACAAGCCAGGAAAGCAACAACGUGCCACUUUGGUUUCGAUUGGCGCCGAUACCUACCGGUGGAUGCAGGAGACAUUCCCCACCGUGACGGUAGUAGUUUCGCACAUGCCCUUUCCCCUAGUCCCAUUCGCUUUAUCGAUGUUCGUCCUCGUGCAAGCACUUGUAACAAAAGGCUGGGUUCCGGUGUUCGCAUAUGGCUGGGAUCAUUGGGUAAGUAAGACCGGCACAGUAGGAGCGAUAGGAGGCAUGGGAUUUCUAUCUGUGAUUCUUUGCAACUUCGCCGGUACGAAUAUUGGGACCACCAUUCUCCUUUCUCGAGUUAUCCAAUCCUGGCAGGAGAUUCACAAGCUCAACGGAAUCCCAAUCAGCGACCGUACAUUCUGGGCAACAGUAUACAGCAUGGCCCUCGGGGUCAACUACGGUGCUUUCAGCACGGCAUUCAGUGCCUCAUUGGCCGGUCUCCUGUGGCGGGACAUUCUAGCGAGGAAGCAUAUUCGCGUCGGCAGCCUUGAGUUUGCGCGUGUCAAUCUUCCCAUUAUUGCGAUUGCGAUGGUUGUUGGAUGUGCCGUUCUGGUGGGUGAGGUUUAUGUCGUCCGCGGUACUGGUCCUUAUGACGCAUAA